AUGGCAGUCCACGCCGAGGGGAUCGUAGCAAUAGUGAUCUUCUACUUGCUGAUUCUGGCCGUGGGGAUAUGGGCCGCCUGGAAGAACAAGAACUCAGGGGUGUCGGAGGGUCAGGACCGCAGUGAAACCAUCAUGGUGGGCGGGAGGGACAUCGGGUUGUUCGUCGGUGGAUUCACCAUGACGGGUGAGUUGUGACCUGGUUCAACUGCCUGGAGAGGCUGGUUUGGGGCAUGGGGCCAAUUCAGUUUUGAAUUGAAAAUAUCCCAUUGUUGUCUAUAAGGCUGUUUUAAAAUCAUGAAUAAAAAACUAUUCUUGCUAAAUUGACAGAAAUAAAAACUGAAUUGACCCCAGCCCUGUUGUUGGAGAGUAGUAGAGCAUGUAGUACCUUGUUUGUUCAAAUAUUUCCGCUGUAAACUUUAGAUGGGGGAAUUUAAAUCAGUCAUGUUCCUCACAUGACAUAAUUACAGCUGGCGUAUAAAGACAGAUGCCUCUGACUGUUUUUCCCGCACUCAGUCAGACCAGCACCGGACUAGUUUUACGCACGCUCCCAUCAAUUGUUACAAUAGGUACUGGCGAAAAUCAAUUACCUAAAUGUCAACGACGACAGCUGUUUCUAUCGAAUUAGAGUGGAGGCGAAAGAAACACACACCUAUUUAGGCGAGGUGCUGGCUAACGGAGUAGAACACUUGAAAAAGAAAAGGAGAGCCGCACACUCUAGGAGCUCAGAUGCAAUAAUUGAAUAACCUAAUAACCCUGAUGAAGACAGCUUGUCUGUUGAAACGUUGGUUAUUAGGUUAUUAAAUUAUUGCAUCUGAGCUCCUAGAGUGUGCGGCUCUCCUUUUCUAUCGAAUUGGAGAAUACAAUAUUUUGACAGGCUAUUUUAAAUGCCCCAAGCAUCAUUAGCAGAAUAAAAGCCCUGUUUUUGGGGAGAGCAACAUUAAUUGACACAAGAGUUAAUUAAAGACCCAGAGCAUUUCCUAACUAAUGUCUUUGAUGCUAUUUUAAUAACAGACCCCGGAGUUACGGGCUUUUAUAGGAGCGAAAAGUAAUCAAUUAUUUAUUUUCCGCUAGUUAGAGAAAUGCUAAUUAAAAUAAUUGUAAUUGAUCUACGUGAACUGUUUCAUAUUAACUCAGCAUCUGCAUUUCAUAUUAAUUUGAUCUAUUAACGUGGCAUAACAUCUAGAUUAUUAACGCUCUGUGAUUUAUUGACUAAAUAUAAAACGUUACCAAUAUACCAAAUGUUAUCAAUAUAUUUGAUUAUAAGAUAUUGAUUGUACAAUUUAUUAGUACAGUGUGGCUCUAAAAUGAAGUCUAUGGAAACACAACAUUAUAAAGACAAUUCAACAAUUUUAUAUGUUUUGUUUGUGUGUGCAAGGCUAAAUAAUGUGUGUUACAUAUUUGUAUCUUGAACUGUGAUGAACCUCUCCUUCAGCUACAUGGGUGGGCGGCGGCUACAUCAACGGGACGGCGGAAUAUGUCUACCUGCCUGACUUCGGCCUGGCCUGGGCACAGGCUCCCUUCGGAUAUGCCCUCAGUCUGGUAAUAGGUAAGAACAUGAUAAAUUAGUGUUCAACACUUUCUGUCUCCUAUAGUGACCGAAGUUCCUUAAUGAUGUGUCUCUCUUGUGCUCCAGGUGGCCUGUUCUUCGCCAAGCCCAUGCGCUCCCGGGGUUACGUCACCAUGCUGGACCCGUUCCAGCAGAUAUAUGGGAAGCGCAUGGGGGGGCUGCUCUUCAUUCCUGCGCUCAUGGGGGAGAUCUUCUGGUCCGCUGCCAUCUUGUCAGCGCUGGGUAGGCCACAGUCAGAGAGUCAGGGUUGUGGACAAUUCAAUUUCAACAUCAUCAAUUAAAAGGGAAAAUCUUCAUGGAAAAUGGCAUCUGAUUGUGUAUGUGUGUAUGUCCAUGUGUUUUGUCUAGGGGCUACUCUGAGUGUGAUUGUGGACAUUGAUAUCAACAUGUCAGUGGUGAUCUCAGCCCUAAUAGCAAUCUUCUACACCCUGGUGGGAGGGCUGUACUCUGUAGCCUACACUGACGUGGUCCAACUCUUCUGUAUCUUCCUGGGACUGGUGAGUGUACCUGAUUUGCCCAGCUCCACAAACCGGAAGAAAGGCAAUUCACCUUUAUUUCAUCUGUCUUUCUCUCUCUCUCUGUCUGUCUGUCUGUGUCUCUCAGUGGGUCAGUGUGCCGUUUGCCCUGUCCAACCCAGCCGUGUCAAGCAUCAGUGUGACAGCUAAAGAGGCUGUGUACCAGACACCUUGGCUGGGCAAGAUAGACUCAGCAGACACCUGGAUGUGGAUCGACAACUUCUGUCUUCUGGUACAUCAUCAGUCACUAUAAUUAGCAGUAAAUUAUAUUGACUAUAAUGUAAUUAUGGUUAUGUUUGGAGUAUAUAUUCACUAUAAAGCUGUGUGUUGGUUUGUUUUGUAUUGUGUGUAUUGACUGUGGUGUUUCUGUCCCUAGAUGUUGGGGGGGAUUCCGUGGCAGGUGUAUUUUCAACGGGUUCUCUCUGCCUCUUCGGCUACCUACGCCCAGGUUCUAUCCUUUAUUGCUGCCGCAGGCUGCCUGGUCAUGGCUGUCCCCUCCGUCCUCAUAGGAGCUAUAGGAGCCUCCACAGGUACACACAUGCACACACAAACACACACACACAAACACUUCCUCAUUGAGUUAAUGAAACAUUACAAGACAUUUUGUUCAAAUAUCCAUGAGUCCACACAUUAUUUACUAAAGGAAAAUAUGAUCAAAAAACACAUCGUUCUCUAUUAGCUUGUUCCCACAACGUAGUUCAGCUCAGAUGUAUAAACCAACAGGCAGGAUACAGUGGGACGUAAACAACACCAGACGGCUCCUGUCAUACAGCACGAAGAGGGAGAUGUGACUUCUGUGAAUAUUACAUCAGAAGGAAGACUAAUUAAUUAGGUUGAUCUGAAGAUUCUUCAUCAAAGUUAAUCGACAGCUGUUUGUUGAGGUCGAGAGGAGAGAGGGAAAGGGGGAGGGAGAGAGAGUGAGAGAGAGAGAGUGAGAGAGAGAGAGAGAUAGAGAAAGAGAUAGAGAGCAAGUGAGAGACUGACUGAGGAUAUGACUGAGAGUAGGUGUCACGGACGAGUGAGGAAACGGGGAAGGGAGGAGUGAAAGAAUGGAGGGGGAGAUAAGGUACUCAGAUCUCAGAUAUGUUCUGAUGGAGUGAUGAUUUAUUCCUCUGCCUCUGCUGAGAGGCGGUAUCUUUCCUGUCGAGAGACAUGCAGUCCCUGUCAUCACUGAUUAAAUGUUCAGAAUAGUGUCUUAAUAUGGCUUCUAAACUAGACAUAUUACCUAAAAGCCAGAUUCAAUCACAUAUGCUGUACAGAUUUGAGUACCCCUGGACAUAACCUACCAGUCAACAGUUUGGACACGCCUUCUCAUUCCAGGGUUUUUCUUUAUUUUUACUAUUUUCUACAUUGUAGAAUAAAAGUGAAGAAGUCAAAACUAUGAAAUAACACAUGGAAUCAUGUAGUAACCAAAAAAGUGUUAAACAAAUCAAAAUAUGUUUUAUAUUUGAGAUUCUUCAAAGUAGCCACCCUUUGCCUUGAUGACAGCUUUCCACACUCUUGGCAUUCUCUCAACCAGCUUCAUGAGGUAGUCACCUGGAAUGCAUUUCAAUUAACAGGUGUGCCUUGUUAAAAUUUAAUUUGUGGAAUUUCUUUCCUUCUUAAUGCGUUUGAGCCAAUCAGUUGUGUUGUGACAAGGUAGGGGUGGUAUACAGAAGAUAGCCCUAUUUGGUAAAAGACCAAGUCCAUAUUAUGGCAAGAACAGCUCAAAUAAGCAAAGAGAAACAACAGUCCAUCAUUACUUUAAGACGUGAAGGUCAGUCAAUCUGGAAAAUUACAAGAACUUUGAAAAGUGCAGUCGCAAAAACGAACAAGCUCUAUGGUGAAACUGGCUCUCAUGAGGACCGCCACAGGAAAGGAAGACCCAGAGUUACCUCUGCUGCAGAGGAUAAGUUCAUUAGAGUUAACUGCACCUCAGAUUGCAGCCCCAAAAAAUGCUUCUCAGAGUUCAACUAACAGACACAUCUCAACAUCAACUGUUCAGAGGAGACUGUGUGAAUCAGGCCUUCAUGGUUGAAUUGCUGUCUAAAAUACAUUUUGAUUUGUUUAACACUUUUUUACUACAUGAUUCCAUAUGUGUUAUUUCAUAGUUUUGAUGUCUUCACUAUGAUUCUACAAUGUAGAAAAUAGUUUUAAAAAAUAAAGAAAAACCCUUGAAUGAGUAGGUGUGUCCAAACUUUUGACUGGUACUGUAUACAUUUUAUAAAGCCUGUCCAUAUACAUUUUGGUCUAAAAGUAUGUAAACUACUAGCUUUGACUGUUGUCUUCCCCAGAUUGGAACCAGACUACAUAUGGGGCAAUUCCUCCCAAAGAGAAGGACCAAUCAGAUAUGAUCCUGCCCAUCGUGCUGCAGCACUUGUGCCCGCCCUGGAUCUCCUUCUUUGGUCUGGGGGCAGUGUCUGCUGCUGUGAUGUCAUCAGCUGACUCCUCCAUUCUAUCGGCCAGUUCCAUGUUCGCCAGAAACAUCUACCAGCUGGCCUUCAGACAGUCUGUGAGGUCACACACACACACACACCACACACAGAGAUGCAAAAAUUCAACACUAAAGUCGUGUUUCUGUUUCUGAAAAUAAAGCUUUUUCAGUAAAUAAUUCAGUCGUAACGAUCCCAAAAAGUUUUUGUCUUCUGUUAAUAAGUCACUGCCAAAUAUUCAAAUCUAAUUAUUCAAUAUGCAGGUUUCUAUUACAAACUAAUAUCUAACACAAACUACACUGUUUUAUUUAUGUAUUUAAAUGUUUACGUAGGUUAUUUGCACAUAUUCAAAUACAUUAAACAGAAGAGGGAGGAACGAAAAUAGAAAUGUUCAGAAAAUAGAAAAACUGAAACAGUCUUUUCUCUCCUCCCCCAUAGGCGACAGACCGUGAGAUCGUGUGGGUGAUGCGUAUCACCAUCUUCGUGUUUGGAGCUCUCGCCACCGCCAUGGCGUUGCUAACAGGGACCGUGUACGGCCUGUGGUACCUGAGCUCUGACCUGGUGUACGUCAUCAUCUUCCCCCAGCUGCUCAGCGUGCUCUUCAUCAAGGGAACCAACACUUACGGCUCGGUGGCCGGCUAUGUCUUCGGUCUGCUGCUGCGUAUCGGGGGAGGGGAGCCCUACCUCAAACUACCCCCCUUUAUCUACUACCCCGGCUGGGUGCAACAGGAGAAGAUCCACCACCUGACUGGAGACGUGGAGUACUUCAUCCAGCAGCGCUUCCCCUUUAAAACGGUUUCCAUGCUGGCCUCGUUCCUGGGUAACGUGGCCUUCUCCUACCUGCUCAAGUACCUGUUUGAGUCUGGGACUCUGUCUCAUAAGUAUGACUUCAUGGAUGCUGUUGUGUCCAAACACAGUAAGGAGAUCAUGGACAAGACCACGCUGGUCAGUAAUGACAUCAUCAUCCUGUCGGAGAUGGCGCCGGUCAAAACACGCCUCAGCAACUCAAUGGUGGGGACAUUUACGAACACAGAGGCUCUCAGUGACGAUGAGGAGUCCAGCCCCGAGUCCUUAAACAACGACCACGAAUAG